GCCCCCUCCCGCCCGGUCAGCUCCAAAGAGUUGCCCGGUGGCCGCGGCAGACGGAAGCCGAGCGAGAACCUCGGCGGCGGCAGAAUGGGAGACUCCAAAGUGAAAGUGGCCGUCCGGAUCCGGCCCAUGAACCGAAGAGAAAUUGACUUGCACACCAAAUGUGUGGUGGAUGUAGAUGCAAACAAGGUUAUUCUCAAUCCUGUAAAUACCAACCUUUCCAAAGGUGAUGCCCGAAGCCAACCAAAGGUAUUUGCAUAUGAUCAUUGUUUCUGGUCUAUGGAUGAGUCUGUCAGAGACAAGUACGCAGGUCAAGAUGAUGUUUUCAAGUGCCUUGGUGAGAAUAUCCUGCAGAAUGCUUUUGAUGGCUACAAUGCAUGUAUCUUUGCCUAUGGACAGACUGGAUCUGGAAAAUCUUACACCAUGAUGGGCACGGCUGACCAACCUGGAUUAAUCCCAAGACUCUGCAGUGGGCUCUUUGAGCGAACCCAGAAAGAGGAAAAUGAAGAGCAGAGUUUUAAAGUAGAAGUGUCCUACAUGGAAAUUUAUAACGAAAAAGUUAGAGACCUUCUUGAUCCCAAAGGAAGCCGUCAGACGUUAAAAGUCAGAGAACACAGUGUGUUGGGACCCUAUGUGGAUGGACUGUCUAAACUGGCUGUCACAAGCUACAAGGAUAUCGAGUCUUUGAUGUCUGAGGGUAACAAAUCCCGUACAGUUGCUGCAACCAACAUGAAUGAGGAGAGCAGCCGAUCACAUGCGGUGUUCAAAAUCACCCUCACACACACUUUAUACGAUGUGAAGUCUGGGACUUCUGGAGAGAAAGUGGGCAAGCUGAGCUUGGUCGAUUUGGCUGGCAGCGAGCGAGCGACGAAGACGGGAGCGGCAGGUGACCGGCUGAAAGAGGGCAGCAACAUCAACAAGUCCCUCACAACCCUUGGUCUGGUUAUCUCAGCCCUAGCAGAUCAGGGUGCUGGCAAAAGCAAGAAUAAAUUUGUUCCAUACCGCGAUUCCGUUCUCACUUGGCUGCUCAAAGACAGCCUUGGGGGUAACAGCAAGACUGCCAUGGUAGCUACGGUGAGCCCCGCAGCUGACAACUACGACGAAACCCUUUCAACCUUACGGUAUGCGGAUCGUGCCAAGCACAUCGUGAACCAUGCUGUGGUGAAUGAGGAUCCCAACGCACGAAUUAUCCGGGAUCUCCGGGAAGAAGUAGAAAAGCUCCGUGAGCAGCUAACCAAAGCGGAGGCAAUGAAAUCUCCAGAGCUGAAAGACCGAUUGGAAGAGUCAGAGAAGCUAAUCCAGGAAAUGACUGUGACCUGGGAGGAGAAACUAAGGAAAACCGAGGAGAUUGCCCAGGAGCGACAGAAACAGCUUGAGAGUCUUGGAAUAUCUCUUCAGUCGUCUGGAAUUAAAGUUGGGGACGAUAAAUGUUUCCUUGUUAAUCUGAAUGCUGAUCCUGCUCUGAAUGAACUUCUGGUUUAUUACUUAAAGGAACAUACACUGAUAGGUUCAGCAAAUUCCCAAGAUAUCCAGCUGUGUGGCAUGGGAAUUCUUCCUGAGCAUUGUAUCAUAGACAUCACACCAGAAGGCCAGGUUGUGCUGACUCCUCAAAAGAACACCAGAACAUUUGUGAAUGGCUCCUCCGUAUCCAGUCCUGUUCAGCUGCACCACGGGGACAGGAUACUGUGGGGGAACAACCACUUCUUCAGACUUAAUUUGCCUAAAAAGAAAAAGAAAGCAGAUCGAGACGAUGAGGAGCCAGACAUAUCCGUGAAGAACGACACCAGUUCUGAGCAGCUGGAUGUUGACGGAGACUCGUCCAGUGAGGUGUCCAGUGAGAUCAACUUCAAUUAUGAGUACGCCCAGAUGGAGGUGACCAUGAAGGCACUGGGCGGUAACGAUCCCAUGCAGUCAAUACUGAACAGCCUGGAACAACAGCACGAAGAGGAGAAACGGUCUGCGUUGGAGCGCCAGAGGCUCAUGUACGAACAUGAGCUGGAGCAGCUCCGGAGACGGCUGUCCCCCGAGAAACAGAACUGUCGUAGUUCAGACAGGUUUUCUUUCCACUCCCCAAGUGCUCAGCAGCGACUGCGGCAGUGGACGGAAGAGAGAGAAGCAACGCUGAAUAACAGCCUGAUGAGGUUGAGGGAGCAAAUCGUGAAAGCCAACCUGCUGGUGAGAGAAGCCAGUUACAUCGCGGAAGAGCUGGAUAAACGAACGGAGUAUAAAGUGACCCUCCAGAUUCCUGCGUCCAGCCUCGACGCCAACAGGAAGCGAGGCUCUCUCCUCAGUGAACCUGCCAUCCAGGUGAGAAGAAAAGGAAAAGGGAAGCAGAUUUGGUCUUUGGAAAAACUGGACAACAGGUUACUGGAUAUGAGAGACCUUUAUCAGGAGUGGAAGGAAUGUGAAGAAGACACCCCGGUGAUACGGUCUUACUUCAGGCGUGCAGAUCCAUUCUAUGAUGAGCAGGAAAACCACAGUCUCAUCGGGGUGGCCAACGUCUUCCUGGAGUCCCUCUUCUAUGAUGUGAAGUUGCAAUACGCCGUGCCGAUCAUCAAUCAGAAGGGAGAGGUGGCCGGCCGGCUGCACGUGGAGGUGAUGCGCCUCAGUGGGGACGUCGGGGAGAGGAUUGCCGGAGGGGACGAGUCCGUGGAGGCCUCCUCGGAUAAGGAGCCCCAGGAGAACAGGCUGGUGUGCAUGGUGAAAAUACUUCAAGCCACUGGGUUGCCACAGCAUCUGUCCCACUUUGUGUUCUGCAAAUACGACUUCUGGGAUCAACAGGAGCCAGUCAUGGUUGCCCCCGAGGUGGACACCUCGUCUUCUCCCAUCAGCAAGGAGCCUCAGUGCAUGGUGGUCUUUGAUCACUGCAGUGAGUUUUCUGUUAGCGUCACUGAAGACUUUAUUGAGCAUCUUUCAGAAGGGGCACUGGCAAUCGAAGUCUAUGGCCAUAAGAUGAAUGACCCUCGGAAAAACCCAGCCCUGUGGGAUUUGGGGAUUAUCCAAGCAAAAACACGCAGUCUUCGGGACAGGUGGAGUGAAGUCACCAGGAAAGUGGAGUUUUGGGUCCAAAUCUUGGAACAGAAUGAGAAUGGCGAGUACUGCCCUGUAGAGGUGAUUCCUGCAAAGGACGUGCCGACAGGCGGGAUCUUCCAGCUCCGGCAGGGGCAGUCCCGGCGAGUCCAGGUGGAAGUGAAGUCCGUGCAGGAAUCUGGGACUCUGCCACUGAUGGAGGAGCGUAUCCUGUCGGUCGGCAUCGGGUGUGUGAGAGUCAGGGCGCCACGGUCACCGAAGACGCACGAGACCGUCCAUGAGGAAGAGGAGGACAUGGACAGCUACCAGGAUCGGGAUUUAGAGAGACUCCGUAGAAAAUGGCUAAAUGCAUUAACAAAACGUCAGGAGUAUUUAGAUCAACAACUGCAGAAGCUUGUCAGUAAACAUGAUAAGACAGAGGAUGAUGCCGACCGUGAAGCUCAGCUCCUAGAGAUGAGGCUGACUCUGACGGAGGAGAGGAACGCAGUCAUGGUCCCCUCGGCCGGCAGCGGGAUCCCAGGGGCCCCGGCAGAAUGGACCCCAGUUCCUGGGAUGGAAACACACAUUCCUGUCAUAUUCCUUGACUUAAAUGCUGAUGAUUUCAGCUCUCAGGAUAAUCUUGAUGACCCCGAAGCUGGUGGAUGGGAUGCUACCCUCGCUGGGGAAGAGGAGGACGAGUUCUUUGAGCUGCAGAUUGUCAAACAGCAUGAUGGAGAGGUGAAAGCGGAAGCCUCCUGGGACUCGGCCGCAGGCUGCCCUCAGCUGAGUAAAGGCACGCCCGUGGACGAGCGGGUGUUCCUCAUCGUCCGGGUGACAGUCCAGCUCAGCCAUCCAGCCGACAUGCAGCUGGUAUUGCGCAAGCGCAUUUGUGUUAAUGUUCACGGCCGGCAGGGUUUUGCUCAGAGUCUCCUCAAAAAGAUGUCACAUCGAAGUUCUAUUCCAGGCUGUGGAGUAACUUUUGAAAUUGUCUCCAAUAUUCCAGAGGACGCUCAGGGAGCAGAGGAACGAGAAACGUUAGCAAGGAUGGCAGCUAACGUGGAAAACACGGCGUCUGCCGACUCGGAAGCGUACAUCGAGAAAUACCUGAGGAGCGUGCUGGCGGUGGAGAACCUCCUCACGUUAGACCGCCUUCGCCAGGAAGUUGCCGUGAAGGAACAGUUGACGGGAAAAGGGAAGCUGAGCAGGAGGAGUAUCAGCUCUCCUAAUGUGAACAGAUUGUCUGGCAGCCGCCAGGAUCUUAUUCCACCCUCCAGUCUGGGUAGCAACAAGGGCCGGUGGGAAAGUCAACAGGACGUAUCACAAAUUGCAGUUUCCAAAGGAAUCGCACCAGCUGCCCCAGCCCUCCGUUCUCCCCAAAGUAACCAUUCUCCUGAUCCAGGACUCAGUAGCCUCGCGGCCUCCUACUUGAACCCGGUGAAAUCUUUGGUGCCGCAGAUGCCGAAGCUGCUAAAGUCUCUCUUCCCCGUUCGUGACGAGAAAAGGGGCAAACAGCUGUCUCCCCUCGCGCAUCAGCCCGUGCCCCGAAUCAUGGUGCAGUCGGCCCUUCCGGACGUCGGGUUGCCCAGGAUGGCUGAGGCUCAGCGGGAGAAUGGGGGGCUGCACAUGGCCCCCAGCAUGCCUGUGGCCCCACCAGCCACCCCUGCGCCCAAGACCUGUGAUGGUCCCCCGAGAGUGACACCCACCUCCCCGGCCCCCGAGGGUGGGGAUGGGCCCCCCAGCCCCCUGAGCGAAGCAUCCAGCGGCUACUUCUCACACAGCGUCUCCACCGCCACCCUGUCAGACGCCUGUGGCCCGGGUCUGGAUGCCAUGGCCUCGACCCCUCCGGGCCCUGGCCUGGCCGCCCUCGAGCCCCCGGCCGCCUCAGUGGAGGGAAAGACACCAGGCAGCGGUGCAGCCCUGGCUCCAGCCGGGGCGUCUGCAGAGAAGCAGAACCAGGCAGCAGGCCCACCACCACCACCCAACCAGGCGAGCAGGAGCUACCCUGCCGCCUCCCAGAAGCCAGAGGACACCCAGCCCCAGGGGAGACCAGUCCCCGGCCCAGAGCCCGACGUCUCCAGGCCACCACCGCCCUCAGACCCCCGGUUCCAGCCGCCCGCUCCCGCCUCUCCGUUCAGGAUCCAGAAGGUGCGGACCUCGGAGCUGAAGUCGUUCACGCGCAUGCUUGGCGGGGACCCCGGCGGCCCCUCGGGGGCAGCGGAGGACCCACCGGCCUCGGGGGACCUGGGGGACGGCGGCGCUGGGGUUCAGGCCCUGGGAAAGCUGGAAGUCUCCUCGGAUUCUGAAGAAGCCAGUGAGGUCCCAGGGUGGCUCAAGGAAGGAGAAUACGUGGCGGUGGGCACCAACAAGACGGGCAUCGUGAGAUACGUGGGGCCCACCGACUUUCAGGAGGGCACCUGGGUUGGAGUGGAGCUGGACUUACCUUCAGGUAAGAACGACGGCUCCAUCGGCGGGAGGCAGUACUUCAAGUGCAACCCCGGCUACGGGUUGCUGGUGAGGCCGGACCGCGUGCGCAGGGCAGCAGGCGCGGGGCGGAGGCGCAGCGCCGGGCUCCGUCUGCAGGGCGCCCCCGAGCCCCGCAGGAGUGGCCUGCUCUCCAGCUCUGCCACCAACCUGGCCUCGCUGACGGCAGCGCUGGCCAAGACCGAGGGCACGGCGCUGCGGGCUGAGCGCAGCCACGGAAACCCUGAGAACCGCAAGUCCUGGGCCAGCUGAGUGGCGGGGCAGUUGCCUCCCAUCCUUCUGGGGUGAUGGGCAGAGGGCACCGGGCCCCUCCAAGCCUUUGUGGGGACAGUCCUGGGGGGCCCUCCAGCUGCUCUCCCUGGAGACAGGCCAGGAAUGCUUUUUGCACGGUGAUGUGGGGCUGGUGACCACCCACCCCUCCCACCCCGCCCUGUUUCGCCCUCUCCCCAGGGGGUGAGGGCGCAUCUCAGCUGGACCUCAGGUGGAAGGUUUCAGGAGCCCAGGGUGAGGUCCCCGUGGUCUCCCUGGGCCUGGGGCUGCCCACUCGCGGCUGCUAUUGCCCUUUGUUCUAUUCUGGUGACCCCGUUAACCUCUUAAUUUAAAACAUAAUUGUUAACUAGUGCCUUUUCACUUCUAUGGAGGUGGCCCCCAGCGCCUCAAGUCCUGGCUUGCACCCCAGUUACCCCCAACACCCCCAAGUGCCGGCUCCUCUAAGUGCCUGGGCCCCGGGCCUGCCCCUUCUUUCCCUCUUUCUUUCCAUGGGGUUUCUUAGAGGUGUCUUUGUGGGUGUUUCAGCGUCUUUAUACCUGGAAAGUUUUCUCUCUUUGCCAUUUAUUCCCUUCACAGAGUUCCUGGAAUAUAUUUAUUUAUAUUUAUUUUUUCAAAAUCUAAAAUUGUUCGCGAGCCACAAUCGUCCGCUCAGCACUGGUGCCCAGGGCCCACCUUGCACAUCACCGGCCUCCGUGACCGCUGCGGAACGGCCAGCCUGCUGCCUCUGAUGGGGGUUCCUGGAGGGGCCAGAGGACACUCACCUCCCCCCUGUGUCUUAAACACAGAUGCACAAGUGGCCUUACUCUCAGCUGACAGCAAAAACGGGAGGAGGUGGUGGUUGUGCUUCUGCGUUCAGAGGCGUCACGGCCUUCCUUGGUGCAGUUUGGGGUCUGGGAGGGUCCUUAGACCAGUUGAGCUUCAUGGCAGUUCUGUGCCCUGAUGCCCGCUCAGCCCAGGGCUGCAGCCUGGCGGGGUUCACCCCUGGGGACCUCUAGGAGCCAUGGGCCAGUCAGCCCUGGCCCUGAGCCCUUUUUCCAUCAGUGCUUCUCGAAUUACCAAGGUGGUGGUCAGUGGCCUGGUGACGAACAUUUGGCUGCCUCCCUGCCUGUCAUCACGGGAGCCACUGGGCCUGUGCUGUGAGCAAGAUUUGGGGACACCGUGUAGUCGGGGGUGGAAGCUUGGAGCUGGAGUUUGCACACAGCAUUCUAGGCUGCCUCUUCAGUUCUCGUGUUUAGACUCUUAAAAAUGAUAGCCAGAAAGCUUGAAAAAAAAAGAACAAUGAAACUCGGUUCUCUAGCAACAUGAAGCCCCUCACUUGAAGGUGGCCCGCGUGCUCCUCCUGUGCCUCCGGGACCGCGGGACAGGAUGGAGCUGCGUGCAGGCUCUGCCGGCUAUGGGCUCGCCCGCCCAGAACAAGACCUCAUCACCCCAAGCUGCCCUGGCCCGAUUUAGAACGGGGGACAGGCCCGGGAGUCUAAGAUCGCACCCUUCGUCUCAACAAGCACUCCGAGCUUGGGAGCUGGAAGGGUUCUCACAGUGAACAGGCUAAAACCAAGGAGAGUUACUGGUUUUUCCAGUGUGUGGGAGCCCCAGCCUCUGAUUCCCCGUCCCGGCUUUUUCUGUGUCCCUGAGAAGCGGCUCCCAGCCCACCUAGUCCUCCGCGCUCCCAGGGCACAGCAGCCUGGCAUGGAGUCUGCAGGUUUUAGUGACCUGGCCCAGUGUGCCCUUGCUCUCAUCUGCUGCCACAGCGGAUAGCUGGCCAGGGGCUCUGGGGAGGGGUGGGGGGCUCCCCCAUGACAGGUGCCCUGACCCGGGCAGAAGGCAUCUUCCUCAUUCCCCAGGUGCAGCUUCCAGGCUGGUGGUUUGCCCUCCGCCACAAGAAGCCUGUCUCCUUCCUUCGGGGCCAGGGCUGCCGGAGCCCCAGGUCUGCAGGACUUGGCACUCCCUUCUGUCCUCCACUGGUCUGCUGGGGGAACCCCUGCCAGGCAAGGCGUGUGCCUGAACUAAGUGCUCUUAAUUCUGUGUCAGCUUUUCUAUGCAACAUCCUUCCCAACAUAGACAUUCUCCUUCAGAUCUGUUUCCAGUGUGAGAUCCUCUUCUGUGGACACCCUCCUGUCCCUGGGAGGGCGGCCCUUGCUCCGAGUCUCCGUGAGCUGCCCAGGGGCAGAAAGUUGUGCACCCCACACUUGCAGAGACAAUGUGGGGAACCAGAAAGUGGUCGGGGUGUUUGUGAUCCUCAUGGACGGAGCCCAGUACUUGCUGGGGCCCAUCUGCUCCGCGACGGGCGUCACAGCCUCUCAGAGCCGGCCUGGGGUGGUCAGCUGGGGGAUGAGGGGCUGCACUCACUUUGUUGCUGGUUGAGCUAAAGUGGGUGAAACGACAGCAGGGCCACUGCCCUGAGCAGGUUUUUGGCUGGAGCUUGCGGAGGCUGAGAGGAGCCUUGGGUGAGGUGGGUCAGCUCCUUCCAGCCCUGUUGUCCCUGGAGGCCUCACCCCCCUUUCUCCCGGAGCCUGCCUUUCAAACAUCCCCAGUUCCCUCUGCCUGAGCGUCUCCUACCAGCCCUGCCCCGCACUCACUGGGGCUUGGUGUCCCUACCCAGUGAGGCAGCAUCUCCUUAGAGCCCUUGGCCUUGUGCCGUUGGGACUGGGGGCCAGUGGCCAGGGCCCCUGUGUGCAGAGGUGGUCCUUCCUCCCGUGAGAACUCUGUUGCUGCUCCCAAGUCUGUAGCCCCCGGCUCGCCUGGGGUUUUCUCAGAAUGAAGCGAGUUUGGGCCCAUGCUUGGUCCUCCUGGUGAGCUGUCCCCAUGGCCAGGGCAACACGCAGGCCGCCCCAGGCACCCUCAUCCGUCAGCGCUGCUGGCAGGGCAGUGGCCUGAGGGUUUUGGGGGUAGGGUGUGGCUGGAGAGUGUUUGGGCGGGAGGGAGGGGCUCCCCCUUCCCUCUGUCUUCUGUCCUCGACUUGCUGACAGACCUGUUUAAAUGUCAGCCAGUCAGGCUCUGGGAUUUAGUAAGACAGCAGGAGUGGUGGGGCCCCCAGGCUGCCUGAGGACAGGUCAAGGCUGGGCGGGGCCUGCCUGCUUUGCAGACCCCAGGGGACUGUGGGGGGAGGCAGUGGGGGUGGCUGAUGCCCAGAGGGAGGAGGGUGAGAAAGCUCAGCUGCGGGGCUGAGUCAGGCUGGCGAGGCUGGCAGGAAGGGCCCUGUGUGCUUAGUGAGCUGUGAAUGGCCCCUGAGGAGUCUGAAAGGUUUAGGAGCACCCCUGCCCCUUCCUUCCUCUCCCUCCUCUUGGAUUAAGCUCCCUUCUCUGUGAAACCAUUGGGAGGUUUUCUGGGCUAAGAUGAGCCGCCCUUGACAGAGGCCUGCCUGCUCUCACACCUCCUAGCUCCCAGGGUCGCCGCUCCAUCUGUCUGUCACUCCUCACCUCCAGGACAGGUUGUGCAGCCUGAGACCCCCACCCCCUUGUCCCUGUGUGCACCCUUCUUGAAGGAACCCUUCGUGCCUUCUGCGUGCUGCUCAUUAAUCGUGUUGGGGGUGUUUUGGAGCCUCUGUGUGGAGUUCUGUAAAUAUGACAGGUUCACACAAGGAAGUGAUUUUGAUUGGGGGAUUGUUGAUUUCCUACAUGUGAAAUGGGAGUUAAGAAAAAUCCAAAGACUCUGUAAUGACCUGUAAAGACUUAAUGAUUUGUAUUGUAUAGUGAACUAAAUGUCUGUAAUUUUGUACCUUAUAUGCCUUCCCACCAUAUGACCAACAGCCUCUAAAUAAAACCAGAUGAUCUCCUGCCUA